CUGCUCACCUACCUUCACUGGGAGAGCAGCAAACUCCCCCAGCAGGUCUCUCCUGAUGUCAUCCACCUCCACUGGUCCCACGCGCUCCGGCUUCCCGGCCAAACAAGACUCCAUCAUAGGGGGACGGCGCAGAGCCGGAUCAGGAUCAAGACCUAUUAUCAAGAUCAAGACCGGGACCAGGACCAGGACCAGGACCAGGACCAGAACCAGGACCAGGACCAGGACCAGGACCAGGUCAUGUGUGACUCGAGCAGCGAUGGAGGGAAGUGGCUGGACGCUCACUACGACCCGGUGGCGAGUCUCUUCAGCUUCUCGGCGUGCGUUGACCUGGCCGACCUCAGCGGGGACGGAGAGAGUCGGCUGGUGGUCGGCGACCUGGGCUCCGGCUCGUCGGGCAUGAAGCUGAAGGUGUACCGGGGCACGGCGCUGCUCAGUGAGAGCACGCUGCUGGACCUGCCCUCCGGCCUCGUGGCGUUCUUCAUGGACCUGCACGAGCCGCGCAUCCCCGCCGUGGCCGUGGCGUCCGGACCCUGCGUCUACGUCUACAAGAACCUGAGGCCGUACUUCAAGUUCACGCUGCCCGGCCUGGAGGUCAACACGCUGGAGCAGGACGUGUGGCGGCAGGCGGGCGAGGGUCAGAUCGACCCUGUGACCCUGAAGGAGAUGUUGGAGAGCAUCAGGAAGAAGGCCGACGUCCCCCUGUCCGUCCGCUCGCUCAGGUUCCUCUCUCUGGAGACCACCGACAUGGACGAGUUCGUCCAGCUACACAAGCAGCAGCCAAUCAGACGACAGACGGUGAUCACCUGCAUCGGGACCCUGAAGAAGAGCACGGCGGACGAGGACGGCGUCAGCUGCCUGGUCAUCGGGACGGAGAGCGGCGACGUGUACGUCCUGGACCCCGAGGCCUUCAUCAUCCUGUCCAAGAUGACGCUGCCGGCUCCUCCCACCAUGAUGGAUGUGACGGGUCAGUUCGACGUGGAGUUCCGCAUCACGGUGGCGUGUCGCAACGGAAACAUCUACAUCCUGCGCAGGGAGUCGGACAAACCCAAGUACUGCGUGGAGCUGGCGUCCCACCCGGUCGGGCUGGUCCGGGUCGGGAAGAACGUCGUGGUCGGCUGCACCGACGAGACUCUGCAGGGUUUCACGCAGAAGGGGAAGAAGCUGUGGCAGACCGUCCUGCCGGCUCCCAUCAGCACCAUGGCGGCCAUGGACCUCCCCACCCGCGGCUUCCAGGCGGUUCUGGUCGCUCUCGCCAACUGUGAGGUGCAGCUGUACCGGGACAAGAACCUGCUGAGCGCCAUCAAGACGCCGGACGUCAUCACCAGCAUCUGCUUUGGCCGCUACGGCCGCGAGGACGGGACGCUGAUCAUGACCACCAAGGGAGGCGGCCUGAUGGUAAAGAUCCUGAAGAGGACGGCGGCGUUCGAUGACAGGGACAGCGCCCCCGGGCCGCCGCUGGCCCAGAGCGUCCGCCUCAACGUGCCCAAGAAGACCAAGCUGUACGUGGACCAGACGCUGCGGGAGCGAGAGAACGGCGUGGCCAUGCACCGCGCCUUCCAGAUGGAUCUGAGCCGCAUGCGCCUCGCCGCCGCCAACGCUUACGUGAAGGCGCUGGAGUCCAGCCUGGCGCCGGUGUCCUCCAGCCUCUCCCAGCCGCUGAAGAUGAACGCCGUGGUUCAGGGUCUGGGUCCGUCCUUCAAACUGACCCUGAACGUGCAGAACACGGCGGCCUGUCGGCCCGUCAUGGACCUGGCCAUCAGCUUCCUGUACGACGAGGGCCUGUACCGCAUGAAGAACCCGUUCCUGAGGAUCCCGCUGCUGGUGCCCGGGCUGGUCUACCCGGUCCAGACCUUCGUGGAGUGCACCAGCGACAAGGGCAUCUCUGACAUCAUCAAGGUGUUCGUGCUGCACGAGGGGCGGAGCCGCCCCCUGCUGAGCGCUCACAUCAACAUGCCGGUGAGCGAGGGGCUGAUGCUGAACUGACACGGCGUGCUGCAGCUGGAUUCAAACCGGAACAAGGACACAGCGGCGCCACGCUUGGAAACUAAAAGUUAAAAAUCAUUCGUUCAGAGGCAAAGACACAGAAACACAAAAACUGAAUUUAAGUUCCACUAAAUUUGUCUUUUCAAUAUUUUAUUUUGAUGAAUGAAUGUUGUUCAUAUUAAUCUUGAAUAAAUAAAAGCACCUUCUACUGUCUUAAAAAAAAAGGCAAAGUCAAACGGUUUCAACUGUCCAAUCAGAUUCUGCUCUGGUAGUCACAUGAUACAAGACGCAGCGACCAAUCACAUUCGUUCCUUCUUCUUUACCUCCAAACCAGGAUGACGUUGUUGUCAUUUGUCACAAAGAAAACAGAUAUUUUCGUGUAUAGAAUUGUAAGAUGAGACGUUGACUCAUCAUGUGAAUGUAGAUUAUUCUGAUGUUGUAAGUUUGUGUCAAUGUUUUUCUCUUUGUCGUUUAUUUCAGUUAUAAUUGUGAGGUCACAAAGAUUCAUGUAGUUUCAACUCAGGGAUAAAAAACAUCACAUGUUCUUAAAUUCUGUGUUUUUUUAAAUGAAGUCUGGUUUGUAGAAAAAUGAAAUAAACUUAUAGUCAACACA